CUUUUCUCGUGCAUCCCGUGCAUCCUGUCGACCUCUAUCCCUUGGUUUAUCUCCUUUGAUCUGAUUACUGGCGAGUUUGACUUGGACGCACGCCGACGUACGGGUAACGGCAUCUCUCAUUGAUUCUUUUACGGUCCUUAAAUCCACCCACGAAGCACGAAGACGGCACCACCCGCAGACAUUAGGAUAUUCCUCUCCACUGUCCCUAAUUCCAGAGCGUAAUCUAGAAAUACCACUUUAGAGAAACUUGCCCAGCUUAACGAACACCGAGCCUUUUCCCUAAAUAAACACUCCCAUACGAGUAACGACGUCAAUAUUCUCCAAAAGAUAUACACCCUUGACCCCCAGAAAGAAUUACCAUGAGGCUACGACACCAACGAUCGCCACUUCUCCUUCUCCUCAUCCCUUCGCUCGCCGCCAGCGCCGCUCUCGCAUCCUCAUCACCCGACGUUGGCUCUGACACCGACGCAACAGCAGCCACCGCGUAUGAAUCGACGGGGGCCUUUGGCCCCUCGCACGUAAAGAAGCAUGAGGUGGGAACCAAGGAUGCUCCCGUGGACGGGAAGGACGGGCGGCCGCACGAGGGCCCGUUCGUUGAGAUCGAGAACCUCCGGAAAAACGACGGUGGGGACCCCAACAGGGACCUCCCCGUCAUCAAGGACAGGCCGACCGAUCCCACCAUGAUCGAUGGCAAACGCAUUCCCGAUAGCAACGAUGGGGUCAUGGACGAUAAGAAUCGGCCGGAACCAAAAAUAGGCACCACCGGGACAUCCGGAGGCGUCAGCGAGAAGGACAAGGCUAGGAAGGAGAGGGAGGGCAAGUCUGGCGGGAGGAUGGAGAACAGACCAGAUCCGCCGAAGGAAGCGCCCCCGUUGCCACACAGCGAACAGGAGAAGAUUACCCUUGGGGAUAAGGAGGCGAAGAAGGACAAGUCAAAGGAAAAGAGCAAGCCCGAUGGCAAGCUGUCUGACGAUGUUCGGGGACUCGAGAAGCCAAUUGAUCUCCCCGACAGGACCGACGACAAAUCUCCUCCCUUGCCCAACUCGGCGAACAAGGACCACCUCGAUGUGUCCGACAACUCGAAAUCUUCCGGGAAGUCAGGGGCCGGGGAUGAUGCCAACGAUGGCCUUCUUCAUCCCCUUCAUUCAUUCUUCCUCUCCUUGACCAUGAUCUUAUUUUCCGAGAUCGGCGACAAGACCUUCCUGGUGGCCGCCCUCAUGGCCAUGAAGCACGACCGCAUGGUCGUGUUCUCGGCCGCCCUCAGUGCGUUGAUCGCCAUGACCGCCCUCUCCGCCAUCGUCGGCCACGCCGUCCCGACGCUGAUCCCCCAACGCCUGACCAACCUGAUGGCCUCGGCCCUCUUCUUCGUCUUUGGCGCCCGCCUGCUCCGCGAAGGGAUGGCGAUGAGCCCGGACGAGGGCGUGUCCGCCGAGAUGCAAGAGGUGGAGAUGGAGCUCGAGGAGAAGGAGAACCUCGCCCGGAAGCAAGGCCGCAGGAGGUCGAGCAUCUCGCCCUAUUCGCUGGAGAUGGGCCUGGGCAGCCGCAAGUCCCGAUCCAAGUCCCGCUUCCCCACCCCGCCUCGCAGCCCGUCGACCUCGCCCGAUCGGAGCCCGUCGCCGAGGAGGAGGACCAUUUACGGCUUCCUCGGGGGGCUGAACAACCUCUUGUCUCUCCUCCUCAGCCCCGCCUGGGUCCAGACCUUCGUCAUGACCUUCCUGGGCGAGUGGGGCGACCGGAGCCAGAUCGCCACCUUCGCCAUGGCCGCUGGUCAGGAUUAUUGGGUGGUAACUCUCGGGGCUAUCUUGGGACAUGCCUGCUGCACCAGCGUUGCUGUCAUUGGAGGCCGCGCCAUUGCGGGACGAGUCAGCCUCAAAGUUGUCACCAUGGGAGGCGCCGUUGCCUUCUUGGUCUUCGGGGUCAUCUACCUCGUCCAUGUCUUCUACUCGUAGCCUCACCCGGGUCAGACGCCCUCCAAACAGCCCACAACAAGCAUUCCCCCGCCCACCCGUUGUUCCUCCUUUUAUCAUCCAAAUCGUUCAUUGUAAUUCUCGGCAAUCAUAGCCAUCCAGACAUCUUACGUUUCUCGCACCUGAGCAGCUGGUGGUGGAGGGUUGGGAGUGGGGCUGGUUUUCGUUUUCCCCUCAAAAACAAAGACCGAAUAGAACAAGGAAAUACAUUAUGCCCGACCUACGUCGGAGGAACUUGGCUGGGAGCCAUGUACAUUGAAUUCAUAGGGCGCGGCUUGGUCGGCAAGCAUGGAAUAUAUAUGGAGGGGAUUAUGUGUUCUGCAUCGGCUGGAGUUUGGUCAAGAAAGAACAGGCGGGAAAUACACGGAUCGAAAGUCGUCUUCUCUGUGUGUGGGUGGGAGAGAGGGGAAGAGAGAGAGAGAGAGAGAGAGA